AACUAGACGUAAAGAUAUCGAAUAUUAAUUAUUAGUGCAAGUAACUAGAAUGUGAAGAUAGAGUUGGUGAAAUCAAAUACAUUGCAGAUGGCAUUGAUAAUGUCACAUUUCUACGCAAUGUUGUCUUCUGAAUUACAAAAAACUUAAAAUUAGUUGGUAAUUCGAUAUAAACCAGAUUUCAAUUUUAAAAAAUUAGAUUCAGUGCGUGACAGUGUAUUAUUUUAACAGAAAUUCGAAUUGUCUGACAAUAUAAUAAAUAGCAAUAAAUAAGUUUUGCAGUGAUAAUUAUAGCAAUUGAGAUUACGGAUUAUUUUUUUUUAUUUGUAUGCUAUUCGAAUCCAUUUCUACGCGGCAUAUACGAAUUACUUAGAGAUUAAUUGUUAAAGGUUAUGCGGUAUUUUUUUUCGAUCGAUUUUACUUUUAUGCGUCAAUCAUUCGUUAUUUGAUGUUGAUGUAAUGCACGAAAAUUUAUCGUAAAUUCACAUUGUCAUUCAUUUUUUCGUGUAUUUUUAAAUCUUUUAUUUUCUCAAAAUAAAAAUUGAAAAUGGUAUUUGAGUCGAUCAUUGCUGAACUUUUAAAUAAAGUAUUAGGGGAGUAUAUUCAAAAUUUGGAUCAUACGCAAUUAAAAUUGAGUUUGUGGGGAGGAGAUGUAGUAUUGACAGAUUUAUUAAUAAAAGAAACUGCAUUGGAUGUAUUGAAUUUACCUAUUAGAUUGGAAUAUGGAAGAUUAGGAAAACUUAUAUUAAAGAUACCAUUUAAAGAUAUGUGGAAUGGACAGAUUGAUGCUAUAGUUGAAGAAUUAUAUUUACUUGUAGUACCCUCAAAUCAAAUUGCAUAUGAUGCAGAAAAAGAAGAAAAAAUGCAGCUUGAAGCAAAACGUGCAGCACUUGCAAGGAUUGAGAAAAAAAAACAAUUAGCAGAUAUUAAAUCACAAGAGAAACUAGAUGAUUCAAUGGUUGAAAAACUCAUUGCUCGAAUGAUUAAGAAUAUCCAUAUUGAAAUUAAAAAGAUACAUGUGAGAUAUGAAGAUCAUAUUUCAUUUAAAGAUCAUCCUUUUUCUGUUGGUUUUACAUUGAAUAUAUUUACUUUAGAAAGUUGUACUGAUACUUGGGAAAUAAAUAAUUUAAAGGAUAUGUAUGCUAUUCCACAAAUUUAUAAGUUAUGCACAUUAGAUGGUUUAGCAGUAUAUCUUAAUACAACUAUAGAACAAUUUACUCAUGUACAAUCAAAAUAUUCAGACCUAUUUUAUAGUGGAAUUGCAACUAUAGAUUAUAAUCCACCUGGUUAUCAAUACUUAUUGGGUCCAAUAAAUGUCAAUGCAAAAUUAAAAUUAAAUCCAAAACCAGAAACAGAUGGAAGUAAUUAUAAAAUUCCUAAAAUGUGGUUAGACAUGGAAAUGCAAAAAUUGAGAGUAGGAUUAGCAAAAAAACAAUAUCAUACUCUUGUUCAGUUAGGAGAAGGUUUAGAUCAAGCUCAAAAAGCUGCACCAUAUAGAAAGUAUAGACCAAAUUUAACAUCAUAUAGAGGAUAUUAUAAACAAUGGUGGAAAUUUGCAUAUAUUUGUGUCUUAGAAGAAACAGUACGUAGAAAACGUAGAAAUUGGGAUUGGAAUCAUAUGAAAAAACAUCGAGAUAUGUGUCGCUCUUACGCUGAAGCAUAUAAAAUGAAAUUGACAACCAAGAAAAUUCCACAGGAAAUAGAAGAACUUCUUACUGAAUGUGAAAAGAAAUUAGAUCUUUUUAAUUUAGUCAUUAUUAGGCAAAAGAUUGAAAUGGAAGUAGAAAAACUAGUGGAAAAAGAAAAAACUUUAAAAGCAAAACGUGGUUGGUUUGGUUUUUUGUGGUCCAAUACACAGAUAGAAGAAACAGAAGAGUUAAAUUCUGCAGCUGCUAUAAUGCGAAAAUUUGAGGAAGCAAUGACACCACAAGAGAAAGAAAAAUUGUAUCGAGCAAUUGAUUAUCAAGAAAAUGGUGUGCCAGUUCAUUAUCCUGAAACAUAUGAAAUGAUAGAUACGCGAUUUCUUUUAUACGAGUUACAAAUUAUAAUUUUAGAUACAGAUAAAGAGUAUCCUUGUAUUAUAGAUCUUCAAUUACACAGUGUUGAAGCUUGCUUUAAAUCAAGACCAUCUGCUAAUGCCAUUUUAGUUACAGCAUCAAUUAAUGAAAUGAAAUUAUUAGGAACAAAACAAGAUGAUUAUAUUCCUUCACUUUUCAAUUCACACCAGCAUGGCACAGAUAAUGUUCUGAUUUCUGUAUCGUAUGAAAAGAAUCCUCUUGAUAAAUUAUGUGGUGAUCGUAUCAUAGUAAAAUCGAAAUCUGUAGAUAUUAUUUAUGAUGCACAAACUGUAAUAGAAUUAAUUAACUUAUUUAAAGUACAAAAUUCACCAACUUUGUACAAUCUUCAAGCAGCUGCUGCAGAACAAUUAGAAGGUUUAAAAGAAAUGUCGGCUUUAGGUUUAGAACAUGCUAUUCAAAAACAUUCGGUAUUAGAUAUACAGGUUAAUAUGCAAGCUUCUCAAUUAAUUAUACCACAUGAUGGAAGAUAUAAUAGCACAAAAUCAUUGUUAAUUAUUGAUCUUGGUAGUUUACAAAUACAUUCUCUAGAAAAACCAAAAGAUGUUAAGACACAUGUAACUGUUAAACAAUUAAUUAGUAUGGGUAAAUCUGAAGAAGAUGUGUUAUUGCAUCUUAGAGAACAUAGUUAUGACAAAUUUGUUUUAAAGAUAGUUGAUUUUCAAAUAUUAGUUUCAUUGCCGGGUGAAGAGUGGCGCACAGUUUUAUCAAAUAUAGAUGAUUCUAUGACAUUAUUACUUCCAACAACACUUGAAAUUCAAUUUCACAAAUGUUUAGUAACAGAUGAUCCUUUACUUCCAAAAUUUAGACUGAUAGGACAAUUACCAUCGGUUGUUAUUAAUAUAACAGAUAUUCGUUUAUUACAAGCUCUUUCUAUUGCUCAGAGCAUACCAUUUCCAAAAGAAGAAGAACCAAUAGAACUUUACAAAUUAUCUUUGAGUAAAUCUGUUUCACAAUUAUCUUUGCUGAAAGAUUUAACUACGACUUUUGCUGAAAAAAAAAAAAUAGAAGAUUCUGUUGUGACUCCAAUUAAACAAACAAUUGAUAUGGAAAUGAGAUUUGAAAUGAAAGAAUUUGCAAUACAAGUUUCAUCUCAAAAAGGCAAUGAAAUAAUACCGUUUAUGAAAUUUGAAGUAUUACAAUUAGAAGCCGAAAUGUUACAACGAACUUAUGAUAAGGAAAUAUUAUUAAGAUUAGGUGGAAUUCAAAUAAAGCAACAUUACAAUCAAAGAGAAAUAUUUAUGGUAAACACUCCUAUGCUUUCUGGUAGAAAUGAAUAUUUGAUAACAGUGCAAUAUAUAAAUGUAAAUAAGCGAUCUCCAGAAUUUAAAACAAAACAUGGAUCUGUUCUUCAAUUAUUAAAAUUAGAAUUUACAACAUUAGACAUUUGGCUGCAUCAAGAAGCUCUAAUAAAUCUUCUUCAAUUUAUAUCAUAUAUUCAGGAUCAAAUGAAUGCUAUAGCAAAUAGUAAACUUGAAAAAGAACCUUAUAUGCGUCCACGACUUACUCAUUUGGUUUCCAUUCAAGAAGAAACUACUACAUUUUUGAGAGAACAAAUUCACAAGCAAAGACUUAAAUCAAUGAUGCGUCGUAGAAAAACAGUCAUUGAGCAUAUAGAUUUAAAAAUACAAGCAAAAGUUGGAACUAUCUGUAUGAAGAUAACUAGCGAUUGUAGAGAAAUUACUGCAUUUUAUAUCGAUGGUAUUAGCGCCGGAUAUAUAAUGAAAUCUUCACAUUCGCAAGCAAAUGUUAAUUUAUCUUCUAUUAAUAUUAAAGAUCUUAAUGUGGCAUCAGCUUAUAGAAAUAUUGUAUCUGUAACAGAAAAUACCGAAUCUUUACAAAUUCAGGCUAUAAUUUACAAUGUUGAACCAUCAGAAAUUGAUAAAAAUAAUAUGUCCAUUACAGUUGUUAUGGGUUGUUAUCGUAUUGUUUUCUUGAAUAUGUUUGUUACCAGUAUAAUGAGCUUUUUAAAUAAUUUUCAAGCAGCUCAACAAGCUAUAAAAGAAGCAUCAGCAGCAGCCGCAGAAGCCGCGAAAAUAAAUAUUAAAGAUGCUAGAAAAAGUGCAGCACGUAUUGGACUUGCAAUAAAAAUUAAGGCUCCAGUUAUAUAUGUACCAAUGCAUUCGACAAGUGACCAUUGUUUAACAUUAGAUAUGGGUAAUCUUACUAUAUGUAAUAUUUUUAAGAAGUUAGAAACUACAAAUGAAAUUGGAGAUUUUCCUAUUAUUGAUGAAAUGAGAAUUGAAUUACAAAAUUUUAAGUUAUCUCGGGUGAGAUUGAAUAUAGAAAAAUUUUUAGUUCAAAAUGAAAUAUUGCUAUUAGAACCAGUUAGUUUUACAUUACUCAUUAAACGUAAUUUAUCCACUGCUUGGUUUACCUCUAUACCAGAUAUUGAUAUGUCUGGUAGAUUAAAUAAAAUUAAUAUAUUGAUAAGUAAAGAAGAUUAUGCAACAGCAAUGAAAGUAUUAGAAAAAAAUUUAGGUGAAACUGUUGAAGAUAAAAAAUUUAUAGCAAGUGUUAAUAAAAAAAAAGUUGAAAUAGAAGUUUUACAUCAUCGACCUGAUAAGUUUGUAACUAUUGCAGAAGAUUCAGAAGAUACAGAUUUACAAGAACAAGUACAUAUACACACAACGAUUAAAUUUGAAUUUGUUAUGGAUAGUCUUGUAAUUACUUUAUUUACGGGAGGUUCAAAAACGUUGCAAUCACAAAAUUCUCUACUUCAUUUGCCAGAAAAUGGCUUAGCUAAAUUUUGUUUAACGCAUUUUGCAUUGAAAGGUCGAAUAUUUGCCGAUGGAUUAAUGGCAACUUCGAUUCUUCUUAUGAAUUGUACUUUAGAUGACAUUCGUCAAAGUAGACAAGGUUCAUUUAUUAGAAUUAUGGAGCGAAUAACAACGGUAUCUUCCAUGAAUAAUAUAGAAGAAGAAUCAAAACCUAUUCGUAGUAUGUUAGAUAUGACUAUUAGACAAAGUUCAAAUGAUACAUUUGUUGAUAUUCGAGUAUUUUCAUUUAGUAUAAUCGUAUCACUUGAUUAUCUAAUGAAAAUAAAAGAUUUUUUCGCGAUUGAUAAUUCAUCAAAUAAACCAGUAACUCAACAUAUAAAAAGCUAUAGCGAACCAAUAGUUAAAAAAAAACAAAUUGUAUCACCAACUAAAAAAAUGUUUACAAUUAAUAUACAUAUCGAAAAGCCUGAUAUUAUAUUAUUGGAAGACAUGGAUGAUAUAAAUUCUAAUUGCAUAAUACUAAAUACUGAAUUAUUGUUAAAAGUACGUUUGAUGGAUGAACAUCAAGUAAUAACUGGCACCAUAAAAGAUUUAUCGAUUUUAGCUGGUAUAUAUAACCCUGUAAGAAGAAGUGAUUGGAUAUAUCAGGUCUUAAAACCAUGUAGUAUAAGUAUAGCAGGUUCUACACCAGAUGGAAAAGGACUUCAUGUCGAUAUUUGUUGUACAGAUAUUCAUUUAUCAGUUUCGCCAGGUGUUAUAGAAAUAUUGAAUAAAGUAAUUCAUACUGUUACAAAAACGGAAAUAAAAGAUCAGGAAAUUGUUAUUACUGAGCAGAAUUAUGAAGGAUUGUGGAUUGUAACACCAUUUGAAGAGAGUGAUUUUUGGUUUUUAAAAACAGAAGUAGGAAUAGAAGCUAUAGAAGAUUUUACAUAUUCUGAUGAUGAGGAUAUUAUUUAUAAACCACAAUUAGCAAUAAUCUCUGCACCGACAAUUCUGUUCACAUUGGAAGCAGGUGUUGGGAAUAAAACAUUACCAAUGCUUUUACUUCAUAUCAGUUUUCAAAGUAAUAUUUAUGAUUGGAGCACGAAAACUAUGAGUGUAGAAUAUACAAUGUCGGUAAUUAUGGCAUAUUAUAAUAGUCAGUUAGCAUUAUGGGAACCAUUAAUUGAACCAAUAGAGAGGAUCAAAAAUGAAAAGCGAGUUUCAACACCAUGGGAACUAAAAGUUAAAAUUCAAUUUAAUGAUAUAUCAGCGAAUUCUAGAAGUAUAAAUGCAAUUAGCCCUACAUCAGAUAGUGAAACAGAAGAAUUUCAUCAAACUCCUAAAAUGUCUAUUGAUAUUCUAUCAACUGAAAAUUUGGAAAUAACUUUAACGAAAACGUGUCUCAAUGUACUAAACCAACUCGGUAAUGCAUUUUCAUCUGCCAUGGAAGUUACUGGAAAAGUAAUGACAAAAAGCGUGGCGCCAUAUGUAUUGAAGAAUGAAACUGGUUUAGCGAUGAUUUUAGAUUUAGAACGUAGUCACUUUAAGGUUUUCAAAGAUGGAUUAAAAUUUACAAGCAAUAAUACUGAUUCAUAUAUGGAAGUGAUUCUUGAAUCUGGCGCAUCAGUAGAAUUAGUUCCAAAAAAUAUGAAAACUGUAAUACCAUUACUUGAACAAUUAAAAAGUGAAACAAUUCAAGAAAGAAGUGAUGAUAAAUUUAUUAUUUCGUUUAAAGAAAUUCAUGGAAUCUUAGCAAUACCCAUUUUAAGAGCUGACAAAAGAUUCUUUUCAUUGAGAUAUCGAAAGGAUAGUUCUGAAGAAUGGGGUAUUGUUUCCGACGUUGUAGUUGAUGAAGGAAGUACUAUUGUUACUCUUCGAAGUAUUCUCCAGGUGCACAAUCAUUUUAAUCAACCGAUAUCUGUGUAUUACAUGACUAAACGUGGAAAUGAAGUUGAAUGUGUAGGAACAGUUGCUCCAGAUAGUAAAUUAAAUCUUCCACUAGAUGCUGUAUAUACUCCAACAAAUGUUCAUGGGUUAUUUUUUAGUAUUGAAGGAUAUAUGGUUUCAGAACAAUUUAUUUGGAAAGAUCUACAAAAAACAAUCAGUAUGACAAAACUCUUGAAAUGCGAAGCUAGAAUAAGACAAGAAAUCGUAGAACCAUUUUAUAUAAAGAUGUUUUUCGUGAUGAUUGUGGUUGGUAGUAUUUUAUAUAAUAACAACACUAUUGGCUUAUUAUUGAAUGCUAUUAACUGGCGAUCCGUAUUCUCUCGUUUCAUUGAUUGCAUCAAGCAUCUUUGCUUGAAAAAUUUAUCCUCAGAGCACAAAAAAUAUCUGGAAACACCUAUUCAGGUUGUUGGUGAAAUAGAACAAGUUUACUUUGAAAAUACUUCUCGGUAUACUAUGGCAAGUACUAUUUAUAAUGUUCAUUUAUACCCAUCUAUAUAUUUGAAGAAUUUUCUACCUAUCAAUAUUAUUAUAAAUUUACCUGGAUCUGUACAAGAGAAACUUUUAGAAGCUGGUACAUCUUAUCAAAUUCCUACGAUUGAUCCUGGGAAAUCUUGUAUAAUCAUAAAACUACCGAAUUAUUUAGAAAAAGAUUGGUCAUGUAAAGGCGAAAUAUUAGCGAAUCCACCAGAAUUUUCUGUUUGGUCUUUUGAAUCUUUUGACAGUGCACAAAAAGUUAUAAUGGAUUUAGGAAUGCAUACAUCAUAUGAUCAUGGUUCUAUUAUUAUGGCAUUAUAUUGUCCAUUUUGGAUGUUGAAUAAAACAGGCUUAAUGUUGUCUUAUCGUAAAUCAAGUAAGGGUGGCAAAGAACACUCAAGUCCAAUCAAGAGUGGAGAAGAUUAUCUAAAUGUAUUAUAUCAUCCAGAGAAUUUUAAGGGACCAAUAUUGUUCUCAUUUCGCUCUAAAGUAUUCUUUGGUAAAAAGAAGGCAAUGAUUAGAGUAGAAGAUGGUGAAUGGUCUGAUAAAUUUCCUAUAGAUGUUGCAGGAAGUGAUGGAGUAGUUACUUGUAAAUAUAAUGGUCUAACAUACCAAAUUGGAGUUCAUAAUCAGUUAACUUAUAAUUCUUUAACAAAACAGAUUACAUUUACACCAUAUUAUGUAUUGAUAAAUAAUUCUGAUUAUCUUAUUGAAUGUCAAGAAGGUAAUAGACCAGCUGAUCCUAUGAUUAAGGUUCCUCCUAGAGAAUGCACAGCUUUUUGGCCUCGUUCUGAUCAUGAGCAAAAACUUUUAAAGGCUAGAAUUGCAGGUGAUCUUGAAAAAACUGUAUCAUUUAUUUAUACAGAAAGUCACACAACUUUAUUGAAAUUAAAUAAUAAGUAUGGAGGAAUCAAUGUAGAUAUACAAAUAAGCGAAGGCGGAAUUUACAUUUCCUUAUCUGUUUAUAAUCAUGGAAAUGCUCCAGCUUUAAUUAUUAAUCAUACUCCACAUACUAUCAAUUUCUGGGAAAAGGGUUCACUAAAUAUCAGAUCUAUACAAACAUAUAAUAAAAUGUUUUAUACUUGGGAAAAUCCUGCAGGACCGCGAAAAUUGAUUUGGGAAGAUGGAAAUAAAAAAGAAAUUGAAGAAACUCUUCGAAAAGAUACAUUAGGAAUUUUUCAUUUGCCAGAUUUGGAAGAACAAGUAUUUUAUGUAUCAUUUUUAGAUGGUACACAACGAGUAUUAUUAUUUACAUCAAAUAUGAAAAUUGCCGAAGAUUGUCAACUAUCUGAUGAUUUUGAAGUUAUAGAACAAGAAGUAUCAAUAAAUAUUCACGGAAUUGGUCUUUCACUUGUUAAUAAUAUCACAAGAUCUGAAUUGUUAUAUAUGUGUAUUGCUAGUUCUGGAAUUAUAUGGGAAAUCCGUAAAUCUAUUAAUCAUCGAUGGCGUAGUCUUAGCACAAGGGAAGUAAAUCUUAUAGAAGAAGGCUAUCAAAAAUAUAUGCGCGAAUUACAAAUAGGAAAAGAUCCGAUGCAAAAAGUGAUACUUGAACCAAAAUUAGAAGUUGAUUAUUUAAAUAUGGAAAUGUUGAAACCAAAUCGUCGUUAUUUACGAAGAACUUUCCAAACUGGUUUAUGGUUGCAAUACCGUACUUCAGUACAUCAAGUGCAGUUACAUGCAAAAAUUAAUAGACUGCAAAUUGAUAAUCAACUUGCAGAUUGUAUUUUCCCAGUUAUAUUGGCUCCAGUUCCACCUCCAAAGAGUGUUACAAAUGCUGUUGAAAUGAAACCAUUUGCUGAACUUAGUAUGAUUAAACGAUUACUUGUACGCAGUAAUGUACAGCAAUUCCGAUAUUUUAAAGUUCUUAUACAAGAAUUUCAUGUGAAAGUAGAUAUUGUAUUUAUUAAUGCGAUUAUGGGAUUACUUGAAACAAAUGAAAUGAAUGAUGUGGAAGAAAACAAACUAUUCAAAUUAGAUGUAAAACUUGUUGAUGAACCUUUAAUGUAUCACGUCAGAUUAAUUACUACAGCCGAACAGAAGAAUUUCUUCGAUCUUCUUCAUUUUUCUCCAUUAAAGAUUCAUAUAAGUUUUUCAAUGACUGGUGGUAAUAGCGGACCUUCUGCAAUGCCUCAUGUAUUAAAUGUAUUAUUACAAGGAAUAGGAGUUACAUUAACAGAUAUUCAUGAUAUUGUCUUCAAAUUAGCAUAUUUUGAAAGAGAAUAUAUUUUUAUGACUCAUAAACAACUCAUUCAUGAAGCAACAUUACAUUAUGUGGGACAAGCAAUUAAGCAAGCUUAUGUUCUUGUUUUGGGACUUGAUGUAAUAGGAAAUCCGUAUGGUCUUGUAGUGGGUACCAUGAAAGGCAUUGAAGAUUUAUUCUAUGAACCUUUCCAUGGUGCCAUUCAAGGGCCUGGAGAAUUUGCAGAGGGUUUGAUUCUUGGUGUAAGAAGCAUGGUAGGUCAUACUGUUGGAGGAAUGGCAGGAGCCGUUUCUAAAAUAACUGGAGCUAUGGGCAAAGGUAUAGCUGCUUUAACAUUUGAUAAAGAUUAUCAAAGAAAACGACAAGAACAGCUUAACAUACAACCAGCUACUUUACAAGAAGGUCUUGCUCGUAGUGGCAAAGGUUUGGUAAUGGGUGUUUUUGAUGGUGUAACUGGUGUUGUAAUGAAACCCAUAUCAGGUGCCAAAGAAGAAGGUGUGGAAGGGUUCUUUAAAGGAUUUGGAAAAGGAAUGGUUGGUCUUGUUACUAGACCAACUGCUGGAGUUAUAGAUUUUGCUAGUGGUUCAUUUGAUGCAGUGAAACGUGCAACUGAAUUGAAUGAAGAAGUAAAGAAAGUAAGGCCAUGUAGAUUUUUACAACCUGAUAAUUUAGUUAGACCAUAUAUUAGAGAGCAUGCUGAAGGACAUAAAAUUUUAAGUGAAUUAGAAAAAGGAAAAUAUUCAAAUACUGAUAUUUAUUUUUAUCAUUUAUACAUUAAUAGAGAUGUAUUAUUGCUUACUGAUAAGAGAAUAGCAUAUUUAGAGCAUAGUGACUUAUUCGGUGGAUGGCGGGUACAUUGGACUCACACGUGGCAAGAAAUAAGCGAAUUACCGAAAUUAGUGGAUAAAGGUGUUCAGAUAUUUAUUAAAGAUACUAGUAAAAAAAAAAAAUUAGGCUUAUUUGGUAAUGCAGAUCAAUCAAAAAUAAUUUUAAUACCUGAUUAUAAUAUAAGACAACUUCUAUGUAACAAAAUACAACAGCAAAUUAAUCAAUGCGGAUUAUAAUAUCAGAAAGUCAUAAUGAUAUAUGAUAUAUGCAAUAUAUAUAAUACUUAAAUAUAAUUAAUUAAUUAAACUGAUAGUGCCUAGGCUUCAUAAAUUUUCAUUAGCUUUGCAAGCUGAAUUUCAUAAAUUCUAUAUAUUCAUAUAUAUUAUAAAAAAUAUUUUUACAAAUGCUAUUUACAAGACUGAUAUUUAAUCAGAAUCAGCUAACAGCAAAUAGAAAUCAAUAUUGUUUUAUAUUUAUUACAAUAUAAUUUUCAGUUUAAUUUUAUUAUUUUUUAUGAUUAUCAUUAUUUUUUAGUAAAAUAUUUCACUUUAUAAUUCUAUAUGUUAUUAACAUUAAAAAGACUUCUAAUGCUUUUAAUUAAUGAUGAUAACUGACAUAUUUAAUAUUGUACGAAAUAAUCAUUAUAGUAUUUAUCAUUGUUCUUAAAUACAUUAUUACAUCAAAUAAUAUAAUUUACUUUAAAAUAAUAUUUUAAUAUAUAUCUAAAAUAAACAAAAUACAUGUAAAAAUACUUGAAAAUCAAAACAAAAUCUUUCUAUCUUAUUAAUUUGAAACUUAUUUAUAUAUAAAUAUAUAUAAAUAUAAAACUUAAGCUGAUAUUUAAAUGUCAUGUUACAUUUUGUGUAAAAAUAUAUGCAAAUUUAUUUCACGAUUAAAAUAUUUUAAUUUCA